AUGCCGUUCCUCGAAGUUGGAAACAAGAGGCUGUUCUUCGCCCGAGUGGAUGCAGAGACAGGGUCAAACACAUCUGGACCAGUCCUAGUGUUCAUCCAUGGCCUUGGAUCCUCUCACUCAUUCUAUAUACCUGUGAUGAAUCAGCUUGCUAUUGCGGGCUACUCCUCAAUUGCGCUGGAUGUCUAUGGAAGUGGUUUGUCUGAGUUAUCGCCUGAGGUCGAAGCUCCCACGUUCGAUACCAUAGCAGACGAUAUUGAAGCUUUAUUAAAAGGUUUGAGUAUUCCUCCUCAGGAUGUUGUCGCCGUUGGGCACUCGAUGGGUGGCAUCAUUGUACCAAAGCUUGCACUGAAGUGUAACCUCCGAGGUGCAGUACUCAUUGGUCCUGUAUUACCAAAACCUGCAUUGGCAGAUGUCUUCAACACUCGUAUAGAGACGGUUAGAAAAGAGAUGGUAGACGGUAUGGAGCCAAUGGCUAAGACCAUCCCCUCCGCUGCCACAGGCUCCAAGGCAACCUUGACCCAAAAGGCAUUCAUCCGAGCCCUCCUCCUAUCUCAAAAGUCGGAGGGAUACAUAGCAUUGUGUCAAGCUAUUGCAAAAGCAGAGCUACCUUCAUACUCAAGUAUUCGCUGUCCUUUGUUGAUCCUUGCUGGCGAAGAGGACAAGACUAGCCCUGUCCCAGAUGCGAGAAAGAUUAUGAGCGAUUGGGGGUGUAACGAUUCCACGAAGAGCAUGCAUAUUCUGCCGGGCGUUGGGCACUGGCAUUGCAUAGAGGCGGCAGACGAAGUUGGGCUCAAGAUACAAGACUUUAUCAUAUCUCAACUAUAG